CACAACGCGAGCGCCACUGGCAAUGUCGGGAAGUGACAGCCCAACAUUCUUUCACGGCCAGCCCUGGUCCAGCUGGAUCGAAAGAAUUGGACGAGACAAGCCGUUGAGCGAUGAAGAACCAGAUGCUCAACUAUCCAGCUCAGUUACACGGCUUUCAGCAGAGGAUAUUGAUUUAUAUGGAUUUUGUCCUGAAAGAGAUACUUUUUACACGGUAGUGUGCGAAACUUGUCACGCCAUAGUGAAACCACAGGCUCUUAUUCAACAUAUGGAAAGUCGCCAUCCUUCAGGCACGGUCAAUUUUCCACCUCCGUCCACUCCAGUCGUAAAGCCUCCCGUGAAAACACCUUAUUGCAAGGUAUCGAAGCUGAAAAAGACACAGUCCUCGCCGCAGAUCACGACCAGUGGGACCAGCAAGAUCAAUCACACCAGCGUGAAAAGAAACACCGAACAACCAACCAUCUCAACGAGCUUAUCCUCCGCCUCGAUACCGAUCUCUUCGUCACCUAGGUCACCUCUCGAGUCGUUACCAUCCACGGUACAAACACCAAACUCCAGUGGAUCGGUGGUGACUUCAAGUCCUGUAAAAAGUCCUGGAACAGCAGCGGGUCAACCUCGUCGGAAGAGGCUUAAAACCGAUCGAUCGUUGCUCAAAGACCGCGAGUACGACCCAGACCGUCACUGUGGCGUGUGGAACGAGGAGACAGGGAAACCUUGUACCAGGUCGCUCACGUGCAAGGCUCACACGGUCUCGUUGCGUCGGACGGUCAUCGGUCGGAGUAAAACCUUCGACAAGCUCCUCGCGGAGCAUCGUGCCUCGAAGGAGAUCCCGAACAGGCCGACGAAAGUGACCGUGACCGGCACGGUGACCGUAUCCUCUGCAAACUCCAGUCUCAACCCCUUAACACCCACCACCCCCACCUUGACAGUCGAAACUGAAGCACCAAGCUCGCCACCCGUUCUGUCGUUGCCAGACACCUAUCCACUGCCAAAGGCUGUUGAUUUGCUUUAUCGGUGUCUGGCCCCGCAUGGCUCCACUAAACCUACCAAGCUCGAAGAAGACUUCGCCAACGAGGAACUGAGGAGCCUGGAGUCGUCGCUGGUGAACUCGACCGGUUCAACACAGUCUAGUUCUAUGAUGGCCCCGAUUUCCGUGGUGUUGCCGUCACUGUCACCGUUACCAGCGAACAACGAGGAGUCAUCUUCGUCGGUUGCAGCGUUGAUACCGAGCACAGCGUCGCCAGCUAUACCGGUACCAGCAACACUGCCAGCCACAUGUACCCAACCGUCGUUGGUAACGACGGUACUAGAGGCUGAAACACCGAUCGACAUCGAUCCAGAAGCAGCUAUGACCAUCUAUUCACCUGUAUACAAGGAUAAAUCGCAGUUGGUUGUACAACUACCACGUUCCAACAAUAUCGCCCAUUCGCCGUUGUCUUCGAGGAGUUACCAACAAGUACAAGCCUCUAUGCCGAGCUUGAUAUUCGAGCCUAUGGAACAGCUGGAACAGCUGGAACAGUUGGAACAAUUGGAGCAACAACACCCUACACAGAUCAACGGGAAGAGACUGAAUCACGCGGCUCACACGAGUCCUGUGUCACAACGACAGUCGAAGAGGACCAAACACGACUACCAUCAGCAAGAUCUGUCGGCAACGGCGAUACAGGUCGAGGCAACAACCACAUCCUCGCCUUAUCCUCAUUUCGGGGACAUAUCAUGGUCGAACUGUCACCCGGAGCCACUCGCCGUUAGCCGGUGGCUUCGUAUUUCGUCCAGCCGUAAGCAGUACAACUUUAAUAUUCACUGACAUAAGACC